CACUAAAUAUCUCACGCUGUCCAGUCUAACUUUGCCUACGUGACAUCUUCUGCAGAUUAAACAAAAUGCUGAUUGAUAAUCCAGCAUCGGUCACGCCAUUCCGAUUGCGACUUUCGAUUUCUAAUCAUGUUGCGGGCGGAGGAUCUCCCCGCAUUCUGCCAAAGAGUAUAUAAUUGUUGCUGCAAAAGACACCUGAGCUCACCAAACAGACUGAUGUAACUGGCAUCAUGUCGACUCGUACUGCAAUCAUCGGUCUCUCGUCCACCGCCACGACUUCCUGGGCUGCCAAUGCGCAUUUGCCGGGUCUGCGCCGGUCUUCGCGGUUCCAGAUCGCCGCUCUCUGUAACAGUAGCCGGUUGGCCGCCGAAGCCGCCAUCGCAGAAUACGACUUGGAUGCCAGUAGCGUCACUCCCUAUGGCAGCCCGGGCGAUUUGGCGGCGGAUCGCACGAUCGAUCUCGUGAUUUGCAGCACGCGAGUCGAUCGGCACUAUGAGACCGCGUUGCCCAUGAUUCAGGCGGGCAAAUCGACCUACAUUGAGUGGCCCAUUGCCAGCAAUCCGACCCACCUCGACGAGCUUCUCGCCGCCCGCCGCCGCAGUGGUGCUCAAGUCGCGGUGGGGCUCCAGAGUCGCUUUGCACCCCCCGUGCGUCGGAUCCGAGACCUGCUCCAAUCGGGUGAACUGGGUCGCUUGCUGAAUACUGAGGUCCGCGCUUUUGGAGGGACCCUGGAUCGUGAGUUUCUCCCGCCCGGAUUGGCAUAUUUCGCCCAGCGCUCGGUCGGCGGGAACCCGAUCACCAUCGGCUUCGCUCAUGUCAUCGACUUUGUGCAAUCGGUGGUCGGGGAUGUGAUCCCGGAGACCGACCACAUUCAAUUCCAGCUCCAGCGCCCGAGCAUUCGUCUGCGCGAGCCCACCACAGGGUCGAUCGUGGAGACUAUCCGCUCCGAUGUCCCUGAUCUCCUCAGCCUCCAUGGACACUUGCCGGAAUCAGCCCACGUGGCAGCCCAAGCUAGUCUAGUCGCCUACUUUAGUCGAGGCCAACCCUUCCCUGGGGACCCGCAGCUCACAUGGACCUUGACCUUCGAGCAAGGUGCCGUUCGUCUCAUCUCCCCCGCGGGUAUUGUGCUGGGUGCAAACGCCUAUGCGGAGCCUGUGACCAUCUCGGUGCAUCGCUUCGACACGGGUGAAGUGGAAUCGGUUCCGUGGGCGUGGUCGCCCGAGCAGGAAGAGCUGCCUUUCAGUGCACGCUCCGUCCAGAGCUGCUUGGUGAGCUUGGCGGAAGGGGACUCAAUUGGAUAUGUAUCACUGGAACAGGCCGCUGCGCGGGCGCGGCAGAUUGCACGCUGGCUUGACUCGUUUCCGGCAUAAUGAUGUGUGAGAAUGAGGGACGUAGAUGCGCAGGUCCCAUCGGAUGUUAAAUCACGGCGUGUAUUGAUGUUAAGAUGUUCUAUGUCAAUGGACACUUGUCUCAAACCUGACGACUAAUGGUGAUAACCGAAGGCCAUCAAAUAUGGAAAGUGAUGGUGGUACAGUAGCUUGGGGUCAGUGGCGCUCGUGUCGGAGUAAGAGGAGGCCGAACACCUCGUGGGGGCCACCAGCCUGAUACGGCUUUCACCUUCUGUCCACCACGCUUGGUGCCUUUAUAGGGUCCUUUUUUUAUCUGCAGGGUAGCUCAUGAUACCCCUGCUCCACAAUAGAGUUCUUCGAUGACUGACUGACCUUACUGAGGUUCUCUCUCCAAUGAAUCAGAUUCCUCACAAUCUUCGGUGCUGAUCAUCGUCUAUCUUGAGCCGCAGGGGGUGGGGGCCAUUGAGCCCGACAAGCUGCACGGUCGUCAUCUUGUUUCGCGUUGA